AUGGAGAACUACGAGCCGCUCGGCACGAUUGGCGAGGGCACCUACGGCGUGGUGCUCAAGGCGCGGCACAAGGAGACCGGGCAGAUUGUUGCCAUAAAAAAGUUCAAGGAGUCGGACGAGGAUGAGCAGGCGUGGGAAGUCAGGAUCCUAAAGCAACUCAAGCACGACAACAUCGUCAACCUGAUUGAGGUCUUCCGGCGCAAGGGUAAGCUCCAUCUCGUGUUCGAGUUCGUCGAGCGUACCAUCCUAGAGGACCUUGAGCGCAACCCCGAUGGCAUGGACCCCAUCGCCACCAAAAAGUGCCUCUGGCAGCUGCUCCGCUCGAUCCAGUACUGCCACUCACACCACGUGAUCCACCGCGACAUCAAGCCCGAAAACCUGCUCGUCUCGAAGAACGGAACACUCAAGCUGUGCGAUUUCGGCUUCGCGCGCACGCUGGGCGGGCCGGGCGCCCGCUACACCGACUAUGUUGCCACCCGGUGGUACCGCGGGCCAGAGCUCCUGACGGGCGACACCGCCUACGGGACGCCGGUGGAUGUGUGGGCAAUCGGGUGCAUGCUGCCGGAGAUGGCCACAGGCGCGCCGCUCUUUCCCGGCGAGUCGGACAUCGACCAGCUCUUCCACAUCAUGCGCUGCUUUGGGUCGCUACCCGAGCGGCUGAUGCAGACGCUCGCCAAGCGCUUCCGCGACUGGGACGAGGGAUCCCUCUCCUUCCUCGAGAACUGCCUCAGGUACGAGCCCGAGCAGCGUCAGACGUGUGCCCAGCUGAUGCGCCACCCGUACUUCACCGAGGGGGACUUCAUCCCGAGCGGCCCGUUUGGUGGCAUGGGCAUCGUCGGCACCGGCCAGCCGCCGUCUCUGUUGGGUCUAACCGCCGCCUAUGGGCUCGCGAGUGCAGGCGUCUUUGAACUACGGGCAAUACGGCCUCCUCCGUGCCAGGGCGAGGGCGCAGGUGAACUAAAGUGCGGUGGUGGUGUGUGUGUGUGUGAUCUCCCCCUCUCUCUCGCUCGACUCGCUCGUGUGCGCCCUCGCUCGCCGUUCCCCCAGUACUGGCUACUGUGUACGGCUCUUUAA